AUGCGCCUUUCUUUCAAUCAUCUAGUAAUCAACCGGAUGCCUUUCGGGAGAAACAGAUUCUGAUAGACUUUUACUGGUUUCACUUAACACAAUGUCAGCAAGAUACGACAGAGCGAUCACUGUGUUUUCUCCAGAUGGUCACCUCUUUCAGGUGGAAUAUGCUCAAGAGGCUGUAAAGAAAGGUUCCACAGCAGUGGGCAUCCGAGGUAAAGACAUUGUUGUCCUUGGUGUUGAGAAGAAAUCUGUUGCCAAACUGCAGGAGGAGAGAACUGUCCGCAAGAUAUGUGCUCUUGACGAACACGUCUGUAUGGCGUUUGCAGGCCUCACUGCAGACGCCCGUAUUGUCAUCAACAGAGCUCGGGUAGAGUGUCAGAGUCACAGGCUCACUGUCGAGGAUCCAGUCACCGUGGAGUACAUAACACGCCACAUAGCCACCCUCAAACAGCGAUACACCCAGAGUAACGGACGCAGACCGUUCGGCAUCUCCGCCCUGAUCGUGGGCUUCGACUACGACGGGACCCCCCGACUCUAUCAGACAGACCCCUCAGGCACCUACCAUGCUUGGAAGGCAAACGCCAUUGGCCGCAGCGCAAAGACGGUGAGAGAGUUCCUGGAGAAGAACUACACAGACGAAGCCAUAGCUGGUGACAACGAGGCGAUAAAGCUGGCCAUCAGAGCCCUGCUCGAGGUGGUCCAAUCAGGAGGGAAAAACAUUGAACUUGCAGUGAUCAGAAGAAACCAACCACUGAAGAUCUUGGAGUCCAAAGAGAUUGAGACUCUGGUGGCAGAAAUAGAGAAAGAAAAGGAAGAAGAAGUGGAGAAGAAGAAACAGAAAAAAUCCACUUAAAUGUUGUCAGUCAAACCCUGGUUUCAUUCGGUCAAACCCUUGGUUUCAUUUGGUCAAACCCCUGGUUUAAUUUAAUCAAACCCCGGGUUUCAUUUCACAAUUCGAUUGAGGCUGCAGUUUCCCUUCAAAUAUCCAAAAGUGUCACGCUUUACAGCCUCAGUUACAACUAUCAUUUUACAGACACACUGGACCCAAACUUGAGACCCAUGAACUCACUGUUCUUUUCAUGGACAGUUACAUCAAACACCUAACCCUUUUUAUGUUUGACAUGGGUUUCACUAGUUUCAUUUUUGUGAAUAGAAACAAAAAUGCUGAAUUUCAAGUUGGGGUUCAGCUACAAAGUAUGUUCAACAUCUGUCACCUGAGGUCAUGUUUUGUAACUACUUUAAUGCUAAUGAUUCAGAAGGUUUAGUGGGUCAAAACCUAAUAAACUCCAAUUGUUUAUCAAUCAUCUUUGUUAUUUAAGUGUGAAUUCCACAAGUCAUUCCAAAUUGUACGUAAUGUUCAUGGUGUACACAUAAGCAGGUCAUUACAACUAGUGCAGUGCC